AUGGCGGCGUGGCUGCGGCGGGUGCGGCGCCGGAUCCACGAGCGGCCCGAGCUGGCGUACGAGGAGGUGGAGACGAGCCGGCUGGUCCGCGAGGAGCUGGACGGCAUGGGCGUCGGCUUCCGGUACCCGCUGGCGCGCACCGGCGUCGUCGCCACCAUCGGCACCGGCCGGCCGCCCGUCGUCGCGCUCCGGGCCGACAUGGACGCGCUGCCCAUCCAGGAGGCGGUGGAGUGGGAGCACAAGAGCAAGAACCCCGGGAAGAUGCACGCGUGCGGCCACGACGCGCACGUCGCCAUGCUGCUCGGCGCCGCCAGCAUCCUCAAGGCCCGCGAGCGCCACCUCAAGGGUACGGUGAAGCUGCUGUUCCAGCCGGCGGAGGAGUCCGGCGCGGGCGCGAAGCGGAUGAUCGAGGACGGCGCGCUGGAGGGCGUGGAGGCCAUCUUCGCCGUCCAUGUGUCGCACCAGCACCCGACGUCCGUGGUCGGCUCCCGGACGGGGCCGCUGCUCGCCGGCUGCGGCUUCUUCAAGGCCCAGAUACUCGCCCGCCGCGCCGGCGCCGACCCGGUCCUGGCCGCCUCGUCCACCAUCAUCAGCCUGCAGAGCCUCGUGUCUCGGGAGGCGGACCCGCUGGACUCGCAGGUGGUGUCCGUCGCCAUGGUCAACGGCAGCUUCAGCCACGGCGGCGACCAGGCGGCGCCGUUGGUGCUAGGCGGCACGUUCCGGGCCUUCUCGAACGCGAGCUUCUACACGCUGCGGCGGCGGAUCGAGGAGGUGAUGACGCUGCAGCCGCGGGUGCACGGCUGCGAGGCCUCCGUCGACUUCUUCGAGAACCAGAGCUUCUACCCGCCGACGGUGAACCACCCGCGCAUGUACGCCCACGUCAAGGCGACGGCGCGCGCGCUCCUGGGCGAGGGAGGCUACCGCGACGUGCCGCCGAUGAUGGGCGCCGAGGACUUCUCCUUCUACUCCCAGGCCGUCCCCGCCGGGUUCUACUACGUGGGCGUGCGCAACGAGACGCUCGGGUCCGUGCACACGGGCCACUCGCUCUACUUCAUGAUCGACGAGGACGUGCUCCCCACCGGCGCCGCAGUCCACGCCGCCGUCGCCGAGAGGUACCUCGCCGGCGGCGCCGAGCAGCACUCCGACCAGCGUUCGCCGGAACAGGAGCUGUGA